AAAACCGAUACUCUUCUACGGUCGUCAUAAUUGAUAUGACAAAGGCCGGACCUGUGUUGGAGUUUGUAGCGAUGUAAUUCCGUUAGUGGACUUUAGAAAUUGGUUCUCACGACAUUUAGCCGGUGCUGUCGCAGGAGGGAACAGACGGGUCGAGUUGUCGCCACAGCCGGCUGGUUUUUGGGGCUUCUUAGGACAGAAGAAACCUUCCAAGAUGCCGACUGCAGCCAAGAAAUCUUCGCUCCUUGGAUUAUUUGUUUGCUGUCUCUUUCUAUGUUGUUUCCGUGUCAGCGGUGCAGCACGCCUACAGAAUAACGCCUACCAGGACGUGGUGGUCGCCAUCGCCGAGUCCGUGCCGGAGGACGGGGCUCUGCUGACCUCGCUCAGGGUCAAGUUCACGGAGGCGUCAUACCAGCUGUUCGCCGCGACUGGAGGUCGGGCGUAUUUCGGCACGGUUAAGAUCCUGGUCCCGCGGACGUGGGACUACUACGGCUCGUACCAGUUCUCCCAUGGGGAGAGAUUCGGGCGGGCGGAGAUCAGGGUGGGCCCGGCAGUGGACGGCCUGGCGUCCUUCACUCGCGCUACGGCACGGGCACUCAACACCUGCGGGAGGACAGGCGACUUCAUGUACCUGGCCACCAACAUGAUGACUGGUGACAACAUUGUACAGGAAUGGGGACGGUACCGGUGGGGAGUGGACGGGGACUGGGCGCUCGGCUCCUGGGACGGAAGCGCGCCUACCACCGAGACGGGCCAGGGGUCGGACACCCCGACGCCACUGCCGAACUCCGGCACUACAGCAGGUUCCGCCAACGCCACCGGUAUAACGGAAGCGGAAACGGAAGUGUAUCCGGAACCGGAGCCGACUCAUGCAGUACCCGUCACCGCCGGUGAUAGCGCUUGUUCUGGCCAGGCGGCUUGGGACACCAUCUUAGCAACGGAAGACUUCACCAACGGACAAAAUCCACCUCAAAACAUGAACAUCCCAGACCCGACUUUCGAGUUUCUCUACCAAACGGAGCUUAGAAAGGAGGUUUUGGUACUGGAUACUUCUGGAAGCAUGGGCAAAAAGCUUCUCUUCAACCUUCGCCAAUCUCUGACGAGUCACGUGUACAACCUUCCCAUUGGUUCUUCCCUUGGGAUCGUAACGUUUAACAGCGAGGCGACGAUCAACGCUCCGAUGACGGUUAUUGGGAACGAGACUACCCGUGAUGCCCUGGUCGGCGCGUUGCCCAUGACUACUGGCGGGAAAACAAGCAUCGGGAGCGGUCUGCAGGAGGCGCUAGGACUGCUGGGUAACGAUCUGGGGAGGAUCAUUCUCAUUUCAGACGGCCAGGAAGACGAGUUACCGCACAUAGCGGACGUGCUCCCUGCGCUCCGUGUGGCGGGUCACACCGUGCACACCGUCGCUAUCGGCGCGGAUGGAGAUCCCAUGCUGGAGCAGCUGUCACGUGACACAGGCGGCAAGAGCUUCUACCACACGCGCUGGAGCACCAACUUUCCCGGCAUUCUCAGAACCAUCGAAGCCGAAGACACGACCAGAGUUCCUCUCAAGACGGCUUUUCUUCCGUUCGUCAGCCCGGACCAGCCUGGGCACGAGUGCGUGUACGUCGAUCCGGGCACUGGGAACGACACCCUGCUGGAGUUCAUCUUCUCCUGCCACAUGCAACCUGAGGACGCCGUCUUUCUGUACUCUGACUCUGAAGCCAGCGUGGGUUGGAGAAUGGAGGAGGGGUUAGUGACGUCACUCGGUGACGUCAAGACCGUCCGGAUCACGAUGCCAGGCCAUGUCACGGAAACUCACUUCUGCUUCGACGUCGAACCUGAUAUGAGCUCAUAUCCGGAUCCGCCUUGCGGCUGGGGAACCAAAGUCUCCGUCACUUCCGGCCGCAGCGACCUGUCCGUCCCUACCAUCAGUGUGCAUGGAGCUUUCUCCCUAACCUCAGCCGACCUGGCCUCGGGUAAUAGCGUGGUUUUGUACGCUCUUGUGGAGAAGGACUACGCAUGCGUCAUCGGUGCUGACGUCACCGCUGUCGUCACCAGACCGCACGGCAAGGACGCAGAGGUCAUGCUCAAGGACGACGGUCAAGGUGUGGAUGCGGUCGAAAAUGACGGGAUCUACUCAGCCGAGUUCGAGCGUUUCCUAGGUAACGGGCGGUACAACGUCAUGGUUAAGGUGCUGGGAAGUCGCGCCAUGACGCAGGUGGACACGUCAUGCGUGGCCGGCGUUUCCGGCGGAAGUGACAUCAGCGUAUCGGACAGUCAAUCCGUUUCAGAUUUUGACAGGGUGGUUGCCGUGGGCUCGUUCCAAGUGUCCGGGUACGACGGGCCGCUGGAGGAAGAGGAACCGGAAACAUCAUCGGAACCGGAACCAGAACCUGUGGCUGUCAUCGCUAUGGGAGCUGGUGUCGGUACUGCAGCCGUGGUGGCGCUGUUGAUCAUCCUGGUACUGGUGGUUCUGAAGAAGAAGGGGAAGCGUGCUCAAUCUACAGCGCCGUCCCCCACACAGAUCCCCAUAGACGACAGCUUUAGCGUAGAAGACGAGGAAGAGAUGGGGAUCUCCAACGGCACUGCGGAGAAACAUGGGAUAGCGGAGGAGCAAGUAGAGGAGGAGGCUGGACCACCGGUAGAGGAGGUGGUCCACAAGAGGACCCCCACGCCCACUCCCCCGCCCGUUGCCAUGGCACCAGUUGCCAUGCCGACCGUGGAGGAGCCGGAGGUUGUUGACCCCGCUGUCCUGGAGGAGCAGAGGAGGCAGGAGGAGGAGCGGAAACGGAAGGAGGCUGAGCGGAAGAGACAGGAGAUGGAGAAGGCCAAAAGGAUACAGAUGGAGGACCAGCUGCUGAAGGACCUGCGCCGCGCGCUGAGGUCAGGUGACCGGAAGGAGGUGGGCGUGGCCGAGGAGCAGUACAAGGCUAGCGGGAUGUACGACGACGCCAACAUCUCGCCAGAAAUCGCCAAACUUCGCGAAAUCUGGAACAUCACUGAUGGCCUGAAGGUGGCAGUAGGAGGCAGGAGGAUUAAGGAGGUGGAGCCUGCCGUGGAGAUCGCCAGGGCAGCCUGCGAGAACAUGACGUCAUCAGGCCGCAUCACCUUACCCUCUGACAUCACCAACAAGGUGGAGAAGGAAAAGGUGAAACAGGAAGUAGCCGACCGGAAGCAGAAGGCGCUGGAAGAACUCCAGGCGCAGGCGGAAGAAGGAGAGAAGGUUCUCAAGACACUCAAACACCUGGAGAAGCUGCGUCAUGAGGUGUUGGAGAUGAAGCAGAGCACGGUUGCUGAGAUCAGGAACUACGGCCACCCCCCUCCCCAGGUCCACACUGUCAUGAUCUCUACUUACCUGAUGCUGGGCACACCGGAGAAAGAGACACAGAACUGGCAGGCGGUCCAGGCACUCAUGGGUAAGACCGGAAAGCAGGGCAUCAAGCGGAUGGUGGCGGAAUGUGACCCGGAUAUGAUUCCCCGCGACAAGGCCGAGCGCGCCGCCAAACUGCUGUCCGAGUUCGACCUGGCACAAGUCCGUGACGUCAGCGCUGGAGCGGCCACAUUCUAUGUUUGGGUGAAGCAGACUUGUGAUGACAUCCUCAGGCCCACGUGACCCAGCGGUCCAAUCAGAUUUUUGUGUGGCUGAAGGAAUGGUGGAGGAAGUGAAGUCCCGACCAAUGACUGAGGAGUGAAUAUAGGCGUCACCUGACUCAAAUGUUCAGCUCGAGUAAUCUCCAAGCAGAUCCUACGGUAGCAUAAGAUAGUAUCAUAAGCUGCGGAAGAGUGAAGCCUGUCCAGGAGUGUUUUGGGCUACUGGGGUCUACUUGACAAAUGUACACCUCUUGGCUGACUACACUCUUUGGUCAGUUUGCUAUCUGAUGCCAUCGUAGGACCUGCUUGGAGAUUACAGAUCGAGCGUUGUUCUGAAGCGUUUUGGAAUGACACUAGUUUAUAUAAUUAUCUUUGUCUAUGUGGUAUCCCAUAUCCUUGGCUUUUAAAACGGGUUGCUAGAAGAUAUCAAGUUGAUAGACUGUGUUUUAAAAUGGCAAUUAUUUCAAACUACUGCAGUUUGAAACCACCAUCCGUCGACUUGAAGUUCCUAAUGUCCACGAUUGUCAAAACCACGAAUGUAGGCUACCCUGCAGAUAAAGGUAAACUAGCGUUACAAAGACCACCCAAAUUUGGCUAUUUUAUUGGAACUUGGUAUGAAAAAGCUUGUGUGUAUUAUUACUUUGCAUAAUAGUAAUGAUACCCGAAACCCAUACAAGACACAAUCAUCAAAUGAGAGAAGAGACAAAUGUUUUCAAUGUCCUAUUCUUGUAAGAGACUGUUCCUCAAAGUAGCAAACUAUAGACAUAGCAUAAGAAAUGUACCAUAAGAUGUGUGUACUUAAACGUUUGUUGAAUUUUUUUCACAUUACUUAACUUGCCUGUAGCGUUAAUAACCCUUUUGUAUCAUUGUCUGUAUCUUUGACGUUAUGCCAUGGCACUGGGGCUGAACUGUAAAUAAGCUUUAGGUCAAGUUGUAACAUUUGUCAAUGAGCUUUGUUUCAACACAUAGAAAACGAGUUUUUAGUUGGUAUCACCGAUCUUCAUCAGAUAUCUGUUUUACUGAAACCGGAAGCAUAAUGACGUCAGGAGUGAAUCAAAAGUGGUGGGAAGAUGGAAUCUGCCACCGUCACAGUUCAGCGAGGGUUUAUGGGCCCUGAUAUGAAUUACCUCCUUUAUAAUCCUCACAAAAUGCGCGCUUUGUCGAGUGUAACUGUAUGUCCGGGAAAGUCGAUAUGGAUGUAUUGUGACACUAAUUUCAAUGACAGUAACGUUUCUUCUAUGUCAGUGCAAUGAGUCAGACAUCUGAUGAAGAUUGCCGAGAUCGAUUGAUUUUUUUUGCGUUGGAGCAAAGCUCAAUUUUUAAAACUAUGGAUUAUACAAACACAAUGAGCUUUCAUCCAUC